CGACUCGCACCGAUUCGCCGCGGUGUCGCCAUGGAUGUGACAAAAAUCCCUUUGCCGGUCAAAGAUACCGUGCCAACAGAGCGAUUUACCAUGAUUCGCAUUACCGUUCAGGGAUGCAAGAACUUUCCCAGUCGGGUCUUGAGAAGAUCCGCCCGGAGCUCCGUCCAGAUCAAGGUCCGGGAGCUUCCACCGAACAACCCUGAGGGUGACGCCUCACUUCCUAUCCCUGCAUCCUUUGAGUUUCCAAAUGGGCACUUGGAGGACGAUUGCGUUGAGUUUGAUCCUCCCCGUUUCUUCCAAACGGAUCUGGAGACACACCGGUCAUGGAAGUUGGACAUGAAAGUCUGUGAUCAUUUUGGUGUAGAGGUGGCCUAUGCGAAGAUCGGCUUAGAUGAACUCGCAGGCAAAGCAACCUGGUGUCUUCUGCUGCAAAGUCCAUACGACCACAAUCCCCUCUACGCGGUUGACACGGCCUGUGUCCAUCGCAGUAGGCGCCUCACCAACAAGGGGAUCCUGGUCCGAAGCCCCGCCCUGCUGAUGUUGGACGUGGAAAUCAUUGGUGGCGUCCGACGCCAGGACAUCUACAAGAUGCGUUCCAUGCGUUCCAACGUGUCCCUGUCCUCGGGCCGAGUUGGAGGAUACAUUCCAGGCCUUGGACCGCGGCGACGGCGCAACUCGCGCACACGAGUCUUUAUGGUCACCAGGGGAACGCGAGGAGAUGUACAGCCUUUCGUUGCCUUAGCGAGAGGAUUGAUUUUAGAUCACAACUGCGAAGUUGUGAUUUGCACCGAGUUGAAUUGGAAAUCCUUUAUCAAAAGUUUUCGCUCUGGAUUGCCAGAGGGAACGCUGCGCUUCCGCCCUGCAGGGGGCGACACGAUGGCACAGACGCGGACAGCGAUGUCACAGCUGAUCACCUGGGAAGGUCAGCACUAUGACUUUCUCCAGAGUUUGAUCUUCUCGGCACAGGAACGGAACUUCUUCCCCUCCGAGGGAUGCUGCUACUUCUGGGCUGCGGAGGAAAUGCCUGACUUCAUCGUGUUUGGCUUUACCAUGUGCCACCUUGCGAUGAUUUUGGGCGAAGGUUUGAGGAUUCCCAUCGUGGGCUUUAUUUGUCAGCCCGAUCACAAGAUCGAGGAGCGCCGCGAUAUCUCCACCCAUUUGGACCGACUGUUGGGCCCGACCCGACAGGCGAUGAACUCGGAGGGUUUCAACGCGGCCUUGAUGAGCAUUGUACAGCAGAUGUCCAUGCGAGGUGUUGGUUUAAACCGUCUUCGGAAGACCCGCGGACUGUGGACCAUGCCAGCAGGUUUAUCUGAUACCAUGGCUCACUUUGAAGAGCUUCGAAAGAAGGAGGUACCGAUGAUUGUUCCCAUCAGUGAAAUUGCACUGGGGGACUACAAGGAGCAGCUUCCACAGUAUGUCUUCACGGACUUUAUUUUCUUGAGAACGGUCCAAGACACCUUGGACGACGAGCUCUCGGGCUUCGUCCAGCAGGCCCUGCGAAGUGGGCGUCGCCUGGUGCUGAUGACCUUCUCGUCGAUGCCCGUGGGCGAAAGGACCAUUCUUGACAUGGCAAUCGAAGCGUGCACGUCAGAACAGUUGGUCUUCCCUCCCAGACGUCUCAAUGGCCACAUCACGUCCACGUCGACCCUGGGGUCGCUGGGGUCGCUGGGUGUGGCCGUCAUUGCAAUGACCAGUGGCCAAGACCAUGACCCCGCGCCACCAGAGACGAUGACCAAGGCCAAGCUGCUAGCACAGGAAGGGCGACUGUUGAUCCGUUCUUCCGGCUGUUCCUUCGCGGCACUCUUUCCCAAAUUGGACGCGCUCAUCGGGCAGGGUGGUCUCGGGGUGACCUCAGAAGCGCUUCGUGCGGGGGUUCCGGUGAUCACCAGUGGCAUCCUGCUGCUGGAUCAACGCUGGUGGGCUGCACGUGUCACGGAGCUGGGCUGCGGCUCAAAACCCGUGAAGGUGGAUCGGCUCUUGAACUGGGAUCAUUCCAAUGACUCCACCCGUUUGGUGAAGCUUCUGCGGUUGGCUUUGGACACGUCAGAGGAGGGAAAUUGGACGAGCCGCUCAAAGCAGGUGGCCAAAGACAUUGCCCGUGUGGCAGGGCAUGACCCGGAUGGCGUGAAACGCAAUGCCCAGGAGGUCUUUCUCAAGGGCACCACGCAAUCUGUGGUCUUGGAAGAUUGCUACGCGGAAAACAGGGAUGCUUGCUCUUGCUUAGCUCGACAAGCCAAAUGCUGUUGUCGAUGCGUGGAACGCUGCUUGAGAUGCAUCUUUUUCAUGAACCUCCCAACUCUGUUCUACGUCCUCCUUUUGGUGUUGAGCGAGUGCCUGUGUUGUGGCCCUUGUCGCCGUCGUUGUCGAUGUUUUUGCUCCAAGAAGGAGCAGAUGAUCGAGAGCGGGGACGAAUCAACGGAUGACGUGGAGGGAAGUUCCAGCGAUGAGUCAACCCACAGGUUCAAUGCUACCCGGAGCUCUGGGAUUGAUGCUUCACGGACCUCCUUGGGCUCUUUGGCUCUCUCGCACCCCGUGAGUCCAUAGUAUGGACAUGGACCAUGGGUCAAAUGUUGGUUUCACAAUGUCCAAUAUGUUCUGGAUAUUUCUGGUACUUGAUUCAUUGGAUUGGUUUAAG